AUGAAGCUACGCUUAGGGCCACAUCUCCGUACAUUUUUUCUUUCUCUUUCUUUUAAUUUUCCUUUCCUUUUUUUAAUUUUUCUUUUCUUAUUCAUUUUUAUUUCCUUUCUGUUUUUCUUUCUUUUCUCCUUUUUCUUUUCUUUCUCUUUUCCUUUCCUUUUUAAUUUUCUUUUCUUACUCUUUUUAUUUCCUUUCUCGUAUUCUUUUCUCUCUUUUUCGUUUCUUUCUCUUUUUUCCUCACUUUCUCCUUUUCUUUCUCUUUUUCUUCCCUUUUUUCUUUUCUUUCUCUUUUUCUUCCCUUUUUUCUUUUCUUUCUCUUUUUCUUCCCUUUUUUCUUUUCUUUCUCUUUUUCUUCCCUUUUCUUUUUUCUUUUCUUUCUCUUUUUUCUUUUCUUUCUCUUUUUCUUCCAUUUCUACUUUUCUUUUUUUCUCUUUUCUUCCAUUUCUCCUUUUCUUUUCUUUCUAUUUUUCUUUCCUUCCUCUUUUUCUUUUCUUUCUCUUUUUUCCUCACUUUCUCCUUUUCUUUUCUUUCUCUUUUUCUUCCCUUUUCUCUUUUUCUUUCCUUUCUCUUUUUCUUUCCUUUCUCUUUUUCUUACCUGGCUCUUUUUUCUUUUCUUUCUAUUUUUUUUCUUUUCUGUCUCUUUUUCUUUCCUUUCUCGCUUUCUUUUCUUUCUCCUCUUACAUUUUUCAUAAUUUUUCCUCUUUUUAA